AUGUCUUCAUCUUCAGCCGCUCCCACGCUCAGGUCGCUCGAGCGUCGCCCGCUCACAGAGUUCCUCUCGCUAGCCCCGGCCACCUCGGCUUCCUACCCACAGUCUCAGAAGGCGUCCUCAGUCAAGAGCCCAACCCUGGAGACGGCUAGCAACGUCACCGACGCUAUCCCCAAGGCCGAACCUGUCAAGCGACGGAGCUCCAGCCUCAGCAGCGACGGCAAGAACGGUGCCCGCCGCGUCCUCAAGCUGGGCCCCGUUCACUGGGGUGAGCACCCGGACGAGCACAAGGAGGACUGGCACGAGGUGGCGGUGGAGUGA